GCGCCAGUCAUUUCGCAUCGACAGGGAUGGCGACGAAUCAACCAAAUCAAGGAAGUGAGAACGAUGAUUGCUCUUUUCUCCCUUUGGUUCAUGACAUUAUAAAAUGCAUGGACAAAGAUAGUCAAGAUGUCCAUCAAGAACUGGUCAAGUUUAAGACAAGGAUUCAGGAAGCGCGCGAGCAGAUCGGAGCCAUGCCCGGAAUUGACAUGAGCCUGUCGGAGCAGCAGCAUGAACUAGAGACGCUGCGGGAGCAAGUCCGCACCAAGAAUCAGUUACUGCAGAAAUACAAGAGUUUGUGUAUGUUUGAGGUUCCCAAAGCGUCGUGAGGGAUAUUUGACAUCACUAAAGAAACUAACUGAAUUCAGGAGACACUUGGAGAGGAACACACAUGUACUGAGAAUUAUAUAUUUUUGUAUUUAGAGGACUGAGAAAAUAACCAUCCAUUUGAAAUCGUGAGAAAUUAUCUUGUUUAUAUGGAUUAUUUUGGGGGAUUCUAUCUCUUGGCUCCGUGUUCUCAUUUUCCUUUCCAACCUAACAACUCAUGCAGUAUAACUUGAACUCAUCCCGUGUGUCAAAACCACCAGAAAACAUUUUAUUUCACUAUAACACUACCUUCAGGCUUUAUCUUGUAUUGUAAACUGUCCCAUUUUUACUUUGUAAAAAAAUGUAUUAUCCAUACUGAAUUAUAAUGCCCUCUCAAGUUUGUAUAUGCAGUGAAUGAUUAUUUGAUGUAAUGGUUUUGUUGGUGUGCUAUUCAGAUUGUGUGCUGCAGAUUGUCAAUGCAGUAGGCCUAAAAUUAAACCUUUGUUUUAA